UGUGGAGCUGUGUUCUGGCCCCAGAGGGAGAGAGAAAGCCCUGGAAAUCUCAGUUCGGCCCUGCCCCUGGGUCUCCUGGCAACAGCACCACUUUGAAGUUACCAGGAGACAGAGUUGCCAGGGCAACAAGGGCGUGAGUGGCAGCUCUGGGGAGAAGUCUGGGUGAAGAGACCCAACCAGUGAUCACUUGAUUAUUCACCUUGUUCCUCCUUCUCUCCCAGUUUCUCAUCAGUUCUACCUUCCUUUCUUCAUUCAUUCCUUUAACGAAACUGUAUUGAGAAUCUGCAAUGCCCUAGGCACUGACCGGGCACUGGAGAUACCGAAGUGAACGUGACAAACAAGGUCGUGCUGUGGCUCUCCCUCAGUCUCCCAGCCCCUUCAUCUUUGCCUCUUCUCUCCUGGCCCAUUUUUUAUUCUAUGGUCCUGCCUCCCAUUGUACCCCAAGCAGGACUCCAGAAGCCCCCAGGCCAACGAGGAGGCCAGCUGAGACUCUUCUUCUUAUAGACCCUCAAAGACAGCUGCUUUGCUGUCUGACGGAUGUUUUGCAGACGAAUGUCCUCAAGCCUGCAGCCCCCGCCCCCAUUUGUGCAAGUACUCAGGUACAGAGAGAGACACAAGCACAUAGCUCCUCCAUCUCUCCCCUUCUUCAUUGUCACUGGGUAACAUCAGCAGAAACACACACAUACGCAUCACAGUAUUCCUCUGAGAUACCAUGUGCUCCAUUUUACAGGUGAGCAAACUGAGGCUAGGAGACUUUAAGUAAUGUGUCAGUGAUUAGGGCCUACUCCCUCCAACUCUCAACCCUUGUAUUGUCUGAUUAGCUUAUUAGCUCAGAAUAAUAGUAUUCAUGCUGCUUCCGCCAGCGGACUCACCCAGGGAAGGGCCUUAUCUCCCUCAAAGGCCUCCAUUCCUUCCUCAGACUAGGUUAUUUGCCCCUUCACCGGGGGAGGAGCUAGGAAACGUCGAUCUAGCUUUGAUGAACAGAUCACUGGACCAAUGGAGAAGCUAAGUGCACUGUAACCAAUGCGACCCCGUCCUGGGCGGGAUCAAGGACAGGAACGGGCCGCCGAUUGGACAGAGGUACGCUGCGAAUGGCGGAGACGCUGAGGCGGGUGCUAAACUCGGGCGGCGCGGCUGGCCCCGGGGAGGAGGACACAGCUGAGGCCGAACCGCCUUUGCUGCUGCUCGGCGGUCACGGCUCUGGAAAGACAGCGCUGCUAUUCGCGGCGGCCCUGGAGGCGGCAGGGGAAGGCCGAGGCCCUGUCCUCUUCCUGACUCGGAGGCCUCUGCAAAGCCUGCCUCGCCGGAUUGGAGCUGCGCUCGAACCCUUGCGGUUACAGAUCCGCUUCCAGUACCCACCCUCAACCCGUGAGCUCCUCCGGCUCCUGUGCUCUGUCCAUGAGACGCGGGGGCCAGCCCCUUCCCUCCUGCUGCUCGAUGGCCUGGAGGAGUACCUAACGGAAGACCCCGGGUCCCAGGAAGCCGCCUACCUGGCCGCCCUGCUUCUGGACACAGCUGCCCACUUCAGCCACCGGGUUGGGUCUGGCCGGGGCUGUGGGCUCAUUGUGGCCCUCCAGACCCAGGAGGAGGGAGACAGUGCGACUGCCCUGCAGUUGGCACUGCUUCAGAGGUAUUUCCCUGCCCAGUGCUGGCUGCAGCCCGAUGCACCAGGCCCAGGACAGCACUGCCUCCGAGCCUGCCUGGAGCCAGGUGGGCUGGGUGCCAGGGCAGAGUGGCGGGUGACUUUCCGACAAGAUGGAGAGAUGACAGUCACCCCGUGGCCCACGCAGGCUGGUGACACCAGCUUGCACAAGGGUUCAAGCUCUGGAGGCCAACCUUGAGGUUUGGAGUGUGACAACCUCUCUAUGCUUCAGUUUCCAUGGCUGGAAUACCUACCUCAGGGACAGAUGCAAAUUCAGAGACCUAAAGAUUAUAAAGUGCUUUUUCUCUCAUAAAUAUAGCAUUAUCCUGUACAUAUUGUCAACAUAUUGUUUAACUUUGCUGUUUUGAACUUUGUAAAGAGUUUCAUGAUAAAUGUAA